AUGGCUGAAGGUGGAGAAAGAAAGCAAGAUGUUUGGAUACCUCCUGACUCUGGUCCAAAAAAAGUCACCCAUUCAAGAGCCAGAGAUCUGCCCCAAUUCUCUGAGGUUGGCAGAGUUUGGACCUCUAGGAGGGUGUAUAUCAGCAAAAAAGGGGAUCAGCGCACAAAACAUUUUGAUCUCAUAGAUGACUUGUGUUUGACACAAUUCUUGUUCAAACACCAUAAGGAGGACCUUCUGAAACCCAAUAGCUGGACAUAUUCAGAGCAUGAUGGAGCAACUUGUAUUCAUGUUACAACUGAUGAUCAAGUUGAAAAGUAUGAAGAAAUUGUUCGAAAAUGGAUUUCAAAAUUUCAACAUAUUGUGGAGGUGAGGAAAUUAGAGUUAUCCUCUGAUAAUACCAGGCAUUCUCUUCAGAGAUCUCUUUCCUGUCUCAUUCCAGCUGUAGAAAAUGCAGAUGGUAAGGCUGAUGUUUUUCAUGAUGAGACACAAGACUGUUUAUACUUUGUGGGAUUACCUAAUACUUUGGAGUGCAUUUUCAAAAAAGCAAAAGCUGUCAUGAAAAUGUCAAAUUUUAAAUGUUCCAUUGAGCUAGAGUCUGAAUCCCAUGGAGCUAUCCUCAGAUCAUUUCAGUUUCUUGAUCAGUUGAAUCAAGAUUUUCCUAAUGCCACAAUUGGUCUGCAAGAUUGCAACACAAAAGUGACAUAUAUUGGAAAUGAGGAUGAAGUUGAAGAAUGCAAAAGGAAGAUUGCACAUUUUUUCAGUGCAAUAUGUACAAAAACACUAGGUAUAUUGCCUCUCAAGACAGAUUUGCUCUUGAAACCGGAGGUGAAAACAUAUAUCAACACUUUAUUGCGAGCAGACAACAUACUAUGUGUAUGGAAUGUUUCAACACAGGGAAAACUGCAACUAAAGUGUCAAAAAAAGACCGAUUUGGAGAAGGCUCAAGCCAUUAUAGAAGAAAACAUCCAAGAAGCAGAUUUUUCAGUGAGGCAGUAUCAACAAUUCAGACAGAUGACAUCUGAAUCCUUUGGACCUACUCAAAGAGAAAAUGAGAGAAUCAUCAUAAAGAAUACAACUGACCGUGUCCAUGUGGCAGCUACUGCAGAUCUCAUGCAGCUGAUUAUGCAGUGGAUAGAUGCAAAUAAUCUGAAGGAAUCCAGUGCUUGUAAAAGUGAUGAGCCAUCUAGAGUUUCAAAGACAAAGAAGGUACAGAAACGAUGGCAAGUUCAGGAGUUGGACUUACUUUUAUGGAAUGCUUUAAGUAUUGCUGAAGUAUGUAGUAAGGUUCCAGAAAGGCAUUGUACCACUGAAGGAGACUGUAUUGUGAUUGAAGCACUGGAAGGAGAUAUAAAUAAAAUUGUGGAAGAAAUCAAACAGAUCCUUAAAAGGAUAAAGAAAGAUAGAGUAACCUUUCCGCUACAGGAAGAUUUGGCUGAUAUUCUUAAGAACAAGGAAACUGAAGAAUAUGUUACAAAACAGCUACAUCAGAAAAAUCUAAGAUGUUUGUGGAAAAUUGGAGCUAAAUGUGAUACUGUUAAUGUAUAUGCAAUAAAAGGGAAUGAAGCAUCGAAUGCUGGGAAGACCGUUCUUGAAAGUGUAUCUUCGGUGUCUUUAAGGCAAGAAUUCCAACAUGCAGAACAACUGUUAAAUGAAGAGGACUGCAGAAAAGUUCUAGAAAAGUAUCGUGGGAAAGUUAAAAUUCUUUCCUUACGUAGUGAAGAAGUACCUUUAGUGGCGACAAAUGAUGCCUUGGAGGAAAUUCUUCAGGUGAUGAGAGUCUGCACAAAAGAACUUAGCACUGUAAAGUCAGUGCCACUUGAAAUGCCGGAAGGAAUAUGUAAGUUUGUUUUGGAGAGAAACCCAAAGUUUUUGAAGCACCUUCAAGAGAAGUAUGGUGUGUGUUUAGAACUCACUAAAAACAAAAGGCAGUUCGUGAUGACUGGACCAAAGAAAAACAUUCCCAUUGCAAAAUCUGCUUUAGACAAAGAAGUUGGUGAAAUUGAAAGCAGAAGUGAAAGAAUGAAGUUGCUUCCGCAAGUUCUAGCAGCUGAAAAUGAAAAAAUGAAAUUUGAGGCUGGUAACAAUUGUUAUUUAUCAGUUGAAAAAGAAGCAAUCAUCAGGGAACCUUGGCCGUCACAUACUUGGGUGCUGAAGAAUUCUCUGUAUCUGAUGUUGGUCCCAGGAGACAUAUCAGAAACAAAUGUUUAUGCUGUGAUGUGUCCAGUAGAUGCUAAUAUGAAGCCCAUAGGAGCCGGAGAAAACAUAUUGACAUGUGGAGGAAAAUCUUUGGAGCAGGAUUUACAGCAAAGUCGUGGUCAAUAUGCUAGUAAAACCAAAUCAGAUUCUUGGACAUGUAUGAGCAGUGAAACUGGUAGUCUUCAUUGUCAAAGUAUCAUCUACACCGAGUUCCCUUCACAGGAUGUAAAAGGAAGUGGGAUGUCCUUGUCUAAGUCUGUGGUUAUCUCCAGAAUAAAGAAAACAUUGGAAGUUGCAGACUCAAAAGGAGUCUUCAGCUUAGCUAUUCCUUUGUUGUUUUCUGAUGUCAUUAUGGUAUCAACAUGCAUGCAGGCUACAGCUGAGUGUUUGAUUGACACUGUUGGAACUUUUCCUCAUUUGAAAGAAAUAUACCUGUACUGUGAUGAAAAGGAAUUAGAAAAUGCCAGGAGUAUUUUCACACAAGCUCUACUUCAAUAUCCACACUACAGUGUUGAUUUCUCUCCACUAAGAAAGGGAGGAAAUGAGAGAAAAUCAUCAAUUCAGCUGGAAAUAGUGGAAGGGUCAUUGGCAGACCAAAAGGUGGAUGUUCUUGUAAACACAACUAAUCCAAAACUGGAUUUAGAUUUUGGAUAUGUUUCUAAAACAAUAUUGAAAAUAGCUGGAAAGGGUAUCCAAACAGAAUGCUACAAAAAAUACCAGAGUAUCUGUGUUGGUGAUGUUGCUGUGACUUCGGCUGGAAACUUUCCACAUGUACAGAACAUAGUUCAUGUAGUGUUGCCUCAUUGGAGACCUACUGGUAAUUUUUCUCUGAUGGUUUUGGAGCUGCUGGUGACAAAGUGUCUGAUAGAGACCGAUAAAAGACGGCUUCAGAGCAUUGCUUUCCCAGUACUUGGUACAGGGAAAUUGUUGUACCCAACACAUCUUGUUGCCAAGACCAUGUGUGAUACCAUCAGCAAAUAUGGCCGAAAUAGAAAAACCAAUAUCAAGACUGUCAAGGUUGUAAUUUUUGAAAGGGAUAUCUUGAAGAUAUUCAAGUACUACCAACAGUACAAAAGCUUUGGAUGCGGUCAAACUGAUGGUAUGUAUUUCUGGAAGACUACAAGGAACUGA